AUGGCAAACCUUUUGAAGAAGAUGUUAACUCUGUUACAGGGCAAAUUCGAAAAGAAAGAGGAGAAAGACCAUAGGGAUGAUGAGGAUGAAAAGAGGAUUUGGGAGUCACUUUCAGAAGAUAUAUUAGGCGAAAUUAUCUGCAAAUUAAGUUUACGUGAUGCUCUUAGUAUGAGUAGGACUUGCAUGUCAGGGAGAUGUGCAUUGCAAAACAAUGUCCAAAACAUUGUCAUCUUCCCAUGGAUGAUGUUACCUUAUGAAAGGGAAACCAACUGUGUGAGAUUCUUUGAUUUGUCUGGAGGCUUUCUUUAUAAAUUCAACCUCCCCAAGAAAUUAGGAAGAGUCAAUUGGUGUUUUGGAUCUUCCAAAGGUUGGCUUAUAAUUGCUAAUGGCCCUCAACGCAAUCCCCGAAGUUUUCUCUUCAAUCCAAUCUCAGGUAUACAUAUUCAGCUACCUCCUCUCACGACAAUUCCAUCUUUUCAAACUUACCUAACUCACCAAUCUGAAUUGAAAGUUUCACGAGAUAUUGAUCAAUUUUUUGUUAAAUUUGAAUUAUCGUCGACAGAUUCUACGAAUGUUAUAGUUGCAGGAAUCAUGUUUCCAUAUGAUAAGUUGGCAAUUUGCAGGCCAAAAGACAAGAGUUGGACUAUCUGGGAUUAUGAUACUUAUUUACGAGACAUCCUAUAUUCUAAUGGAAUAUUGCAUGCUUUGAUCCACACAGAAUUACCUUUCUUGAACACAUCCAUUAGGGUAGGGGAUGAGGAUGUUAUUCUCAAAAUAUAUCAGUCCCUUGUCCUGAUAUCCAACAAUAUAAUGAAAUUGAAUUUGAAUUAG